GAGAAGAAUGCAAUACAUAUCCAUCAGGAUUAAGCUAGAGUCUUGAUUCAGAUCACAAUUUGCAGAGUCGCCGGCACCCAAGACUCAGCCGGAAUGCCCCUACAUCACAACCACUACCAUGGGCAAAGCAAAAUCUUCAAAGAGCGAUGGCUCUAAUGUACCCCAGAAACAUCUACAUUCAAGACUAUCCUUCCUGCAUCAGGCUGCAACAUUGCUCGCCAACGCAAAUUCCAAGGCCACAUCUGCCGAGACCGAUGGCGACCCUAUUGCGGAAGCACUAAGUGUGCCAAUGAGGAAUGCCCAAGGUUUCCUAGAAUCGACCAGGCUCUUAACGCAUCUUCGGGGCGUGUCUCGAAAAUCGCAAAUUCGCCUCGCUCCUAAGAUGAAGCACACAUUGUGCAAAGGCUGCGAAUGUCUUCUCAUCGCCGGCAGGACAAGCAGCGGAAUGACCGUCAAUCCGAGCAAGAACGGUAACAAACCUUGGGCGGAAACGUUCGAGGUGCGAUGCAACAGAUGUGGAACCGUCAAGCGUUUUCCGGUCGGAGCGAAGCGCCAGGGACACAGAGCAGUCGAGGGUUCAGACCAGCGAGGAGAAAAUGAGUACCAAUUAUAAGAUGAUUCUGCCGUUCAGGCGUAACUACAUCAAAUCUCAGCUUGUCCUCGCCCAAGGUGUCUGUUUUGCGGCGUGAGCCACGACACUUCUAGCACUUGUUCGCCAACAGAUAACCAAAGCUCGUCAUACGAGCCCGGCUACAAAUUCAUGUUUGAUCAUUA